AUGUCAUCACCUAUCCACAGUUACCUUUUCUCUCCUCCCCCCUCACCUCCUAGACGAGCUGUUGAUUCCGAUCCUAAUCACGGAUUCACCAGUAUCAAAUCUUUGCUUGUCCCCACCGACUUUAUCCCUAGAUCACCUCAUCUUGAUGGUGGGUUGAAGACUAGAUCACCUCGAACACCUCAACAAAGCAGGUUCACCCUAGAUAACGUAUACCCUUCAUCGUUCCCCACUCGUGCAAAGGUUGCGGACCCAGAAGCUACCCCUAUCGCAACUUAUUCUACACCUACGACUCCUAGAAGAAAGAUUGUGGAAAAGACAGUCUCAUCCCCUCCUUACCUCCCCACCAAUGUUCCUUCAACUCACAUCCCUGUCCCAUCAAGUCUACCUAAACCCUUCAUCCGGCUCCUUUUGCUCGUAUCUCUCCUGGCAUCAUCCGUCAUGCUCAUGGUAUUUGUGCCCUCUGCAAGACUUCCUAGUCUUCGAGCCGCAGGAAUGUCAAGAAGACUUGCUCUCGAUCCUAACGGCAGGGCUUAUAUCGACACCCAAAGCGUCACAAGCUGGACCGACGCUCGGGACAAAGAUUACAGGCCCCCUCAAAUCAAAGCUCCACAUAUGAUGAGACGUGCAAUUGAUGAAAAAGGCGCUCCUGCUCCUCAUCCACGAACUUCACGCCCAGCUCUUAUAGCUCGACCCCUACCGUCAUCACACGAACUACUUGCCAUUCAAUCAUAUCUCCUCUCAUCAGCUUACAAUGUCAUCCCUGAUCACAUCGACCCUAGUGAACCGAUAGAUGCAAACACUGUCUUAGGUAUGGGAACACACAAAUUGGGUCCUUCUGGUGGUAAUCUUGAACAAGUCUGGUUAGAUGAACUCAAGGGUGAACGAGAAGAUGAGGUUAUUGUAUGGUACGGCGGUGACGGACGACCUAACCCUCCCCAUGAAGUCCUUGAUUUCUUGGCAUCGAUACAUGGUCCUGACCGAAAACCUACAUUGAUCCCAUGUCACGGUCGAUCUGACCGAUUCAAUUUACUUUCUAUUCUUGAUCGAUUAUCUUUACCAUUACGAAAUCACCCCAUCAUCAUGAUCGGUAACAAGCCCGUGGUUGGUGACCUUCGAAACCUGGAAGAACUCCGUCUAUCCGGUGAACUAGAAUCUAUGCUUUCCACAAUCGGCUGGCAGAAGGAAACCAAAUCCGAUUGGACACCUAAACUUGCUAAAGUACAAAAAAGAACCCUGACAGAAGUCGAAGAAGCUUUGAAAGCGCAAGCUAUGGCUAAAUUCGAAUCAGAAUUGGUUGAUGAUGUAUUGUAA